AUGUCAGUCAAAAUGAAUAUGCUUAUUAUAACGUUUGUGUUAAUCCUAAUUGUUUGUAAAACUCAAUCGGCAUCUCAACCAAUCAGCGGAUCAAUUGGAUCAGAUUACCAAGUGACAAUUAUUGGCAAUAAUAACAACAACAAUAAUAAUGGUCAAUUCAAUUACCUUAUUAAUCAAUGUUUGUCCAAAAUGUACAACCGGUGCACAAAAUACCCGGCGCCUAACCUAAGCAAUACACAGUAUUACUAUUGCUGUGUAUUAUGGGAAACAAUCGACUGUUAUCAAGCGAAUGUCCAGUCAACAUGCACAGUCCAGGAACAGGCAGCCAUGGGAAGCAAUUGGAAUAAUAUCCAAAUGAUGCUAGGUGGUCGGGCAGCAGAUCUAUUUGUAGAAAUACUAAUCGACCAGGUGGUUACCAACCCGGAUGGCAACCAGGCUAUCAACUACCUGGCAAUCAGUUACCUGGGUACAGACCUGGUUACCCAGUGGAAUGAAGUUCCACAUAUGCCUCUAGAGGUCGCAACGCUAUAA